CUCAAGGCCUGGCGGCCUCACGGUGGGGGGGACCCGAAAAGGGUCGGGAGCGAGCCGUUUAAAGCUUUUCACAGCGGCGCAGAAGGACAAUGAGCGCCGGAGACGAGUUCAGCCAUGGCGAGCCGAGGAGUGAGGGUGACCUGCCGGCUCCGUUCCGGCCGCAGCCAGUGCCAGUUGUGCCUCAGCCGGCACCGGCGAUGCGGCCAGGUCCCGGCUUUCCUUUCGCCUAUUGGCGCUUUGGCAGCCAAGAGCGCCCCAAGCAGGAGCGCGACUCCCUACGCAGUCGCUCGAAGGAAGGUCGGCCCGGCAGCCGCAAGCACCGCCGCUACGUGCACUCGGUGGACCUGGUCAACAGCCUGCGCCGCAUGAUGGUCGCUCGCGGCGAGGAGAACCUACCAUCAGACGUGGAUGCAGUGGAAGAGGAACGAGUCCAAGCGCGGCCUUCCGUUUUCUACCGCUUACUCGAGAGCGAAGGUGCCGACGCCCUGGAGACCUGGGCUGCCGCGGAGGCGGCGGCCUUUGCGCGGGCGAAGCGCGGCCGGUCCCCGCACACGCGGCAUGCGCAGGGCAACUCGGCCAAGGAUGCAGCCUGGCUGGCCGAUGAGCGUGUCCGACAGGUGCGUCGGACCUUCCGGGAGAACUGGCAGUUUCUCUCCACCAGCGAAUCAUCCCAGGAGCUCAUCGCCAAGCUGGAGGGCGUGGCCGAUGUCGCCUUUGGCAGCAGAUCCAACUCCGAGGACUGGCUCCAGUGGCAGCUGUUCUGGACUGGCGAGGAUUUGGCCACCAAGGCCGGGGCUCCGCCGGCCCACGAGAUGCAGCUCGAGGGCUUGGACGCCGCGGAGCGCAAGGUGGUUCACCAGCUGGCGCGUCUCAUUGGGCUCCACUCCGAGAGCAGGCUGUCACGUGAAAUGCAAGAUGCAGACAAAGCGGAGAAGGUCAUGUCGCUUCGGCCACAUCGGUCCUGUCGAACAGGAGGCAUCUGGGCUGCGCCCUUCUCGGUGUCACAGGUGCUGAAAGCAUGAGCCGAGGGAGAGAGUUGCCAAGGUGCACGCAUCUCCCUCCUCAACUUCCAGCAGUGGUCUUUGUGCAUGU